AUGAUAGGAUACAUUGUAUCUAGAAGAGAGGAAAAUUUAAUACAAAUAGACGAAGAAAUAACGCUAUGGAAACAACAGCUUAGCGAGACAACCAAUCCCGAAACAUUUAACCAGAUAAUAAGAGAAAUUAAAAUGAAAGUAGAAAAAGCAGAGAAAGAUACCAUCGAAAUAAAAAAAAGGAAAUAUCUAAGGGAUACAAAUGAUUAUAAAACCGGCAAUAUAAGAUUUCCCAAAAGAUCCAACUCUUAUGUAAAAAAACAGAAUCCUAGAAAGAACUAUCAACAUACUCAGGAAGAAUCAGAACCAUUACACCAUGAUAGAAAUUUCUAUAGGGAUAAUACCUUAGAAUUAAAAUCUCACAGAGAAGCACAAAGAAGGAACACAUACACCAAAGAACUACCUCACACCACAUAUAGACAUCCCUAUAACAGGUAUAGAAAUCAAAAUAGAAGUUAUAGUGAUGUAGUUAAACAAGGUUCAUACAAACAUGAUAGAAAGCGUCUACAUCAAGAUAGCCCAAGUAAAACAAAGAGGAUGUCCUCAUAUAGACCAAAAGAAGGAGGAGAAUAUGAAAAGGAGAAGAAAUAUCCCCCUAAAAGAGAUAAUUCAGAUACAGGAAAUAUAGGCAAUCAUUAUCCCAAUCCCAGUUCAAAAAGCUAUCCAACUAAAGAACAAAAAAGAAAUGAGAAAGAUAGCAUACACUAUGAUGAUACAACAAGACCGAUACGAAUUAGGGAAAGAAUAUCAGAGGACCAUCAAACUACAUCAGCACCUUCAUCUUCGGUUUUUUGGAGGGAUCCAAUGCACGAGAAACUGAAAUGGCAAGAAAAACCUCCAUCGUGGGAAUCCCCAGGCAAACGCCAGAGACCGAUAGAUUACGACACAGAAGAGGAAGAAAUAAGAAACAAAGGAAAAAGAGGGAAAAAAUAA